GCAAGCAACACAAAAGUGCUUACACGCUCUCCUCGCAGCUUCACUUUCUGCUUCGUAUAAACCAGCCCGUUUGCCAUCAAUCAUGGCCGCCGGAGUACAAAUCUAACUCCCCGUCUUUCCUCCCUGUCGCUUGGACUACUGUCAUUUUAUUAUUUUUAUUUUUUUAUGGUCGUUGCAGGAAGAAAUAUCAUCCGAUUUGGUUUUUUUUUGGAUUACAAUACAUUUCACAGGGGAAAUACCAUUCAUGUCAAUACUCCAAAAUGCAGCCGCCGCCGAGGAAGGUUAAAGUGACACAAGAGCUGAAGAACACGCACACAGACCAGUUGACAAGACUGCACUUUAAAAAUCAGACUGAAUGUGACCUGCUGGAAGACAUGAGGAGCUACAGUCUGAAGAAGGGACAGCUUGAGAGGGAUUAUGCACAGGCUCUGCAGAAGUUAGCCAGCCAAUACCUAAAGAGAGACUGGCCUGGAAUCAAUCCUGAUGACCAGAGAACAGACUACAGGAAUGUGUAUGCAGUGUGGCGGUCCUACUUAGAGGGUACAGUGCAGGUGAGCCAGUCCAGACUCAAUGUGUGUGACGACUACAAGAGUCAAGUUUCAGAUCCUGCAAAGACGGUCAGACUCUACAAGGAGCAGCAACUAAAAAAGAUCAUAGAUCAGUUAAGUGGCAUUCAGGCAGAGCUGCAGGAGUCUGUGAAGGAAUUGGCGAAAGCCAAGAAAAAAUACUACGACUGUGAGCAGGUUGCCCACGCGGUACGAGAAAAGGCGGAUAUAGAAGCCAAGUCUAAACUGGCUCUUUUCCAGUCAAGAAUUAGCUUGCAAAAAGCGAGUGUAAAGUUGAAAGCAAAGAGAAGUGACUGCAACUCGAAGGCAACACAGGCCAGAAAUGACUAUUUGUUAACACUAGCUGCCGCCAAUGCUCACCAUGACCGUUACUACCACACAGACCUGCUCCACAGCAUACAGGCCUUGGAUGGCAGGAUCUAUGAGCAUGUGAAAGACUACUUGAUAGCAUUGUGUCGCACUGAGCUCGAAGCCUCACAAGCGACACACAACACCUUCCAGUUCCUGUUGGACAAAUCCACCAGGAUAAUACAAGAGUUCAACCAGCAGUUGUUCAUGCAAGAGAACCCAGUUUUCCACAAAGCACACGACUUCCAGUUCCAGCCAAGCGAGUGUGACAAGACUCUGAGCUCGGUGCCGCAGUUGGUGGACAUUGAGCCUUCACCCGUCAGUGCCAUGAGAAUGACCCUGGCACAGAGUCGUCAGCUGGAGUCAGAGAUGGGGACCACAGAGGAGCACAGUCUGAACAAGGAGGCCAGGAAAUGGGCGACACGAGUAGCCAGAGAACACAAGAAUAUCAUACACUACAAGAGAGUGAGACACCAAAAUUCACUGGAGGAGUGUGAGAGUCACGGCCUGCCCCCCAUUGAACAGAGCAGAGCAGAUCUGGAGAUGAAGAUAGAAGAAUCCAAAGAAAACAUACGCAAAGCUGAGAUGAUGAAGUUAAAAGCAGAAGCUCGGUUGGACCUCCUGCGGCAAGUGGGCGUUCCUGUGGACACCUGGCUGAAGAGUGCCAUGAACCAGGUGAUGGAGCAGCUGGAGAAUGAGCGCUGGGCCAACUACACUUCCCACGAUCCCUCACUGUCGGGUACAGUUGACCUUGAGCGUGAAAACGGUGACGAGUGUGAAGAGAAUAUGGAGGUUUUCGACGACAGCAGCUCCAGCCCUUCAGGAACCCUUCGCAAUUACCCACUGACCUGCAAAGUCCUCUUCUCGUACAAGGCUUCUCAGCCUGAUGAGUUAACCAUUGAUGAACAGGAGAUGUUGGAGGUCAUUGAGGAUGGGGACAUGGAGGACUGGGUCAAGGCUCGCAAUAAGACAGGUCAAGUGGGUUACGUUCCUGAGAAAUACCUCCAGUUUCCCUCGUCCAACAGUCUGCUGAGCAUGCUUCAGUCACUGGCAACACUGGACGCUCGAUCACACACUUCUUCCAAUUCAACCGAGCCAGAGUUGCACUCUGGCUGUAUCAACGGGGAUGCUCAUAUGGUGUAUGUACGAGCACUUUAUGAUUACGAAGGCCAGGCAGAGGAGGAACUCUCCUUCUCGGAGGGAGCAGUCAUUCGCCUUUUAAGCCGUGAUACUCAGACAGAUGAUGGUUUCUGGGAAGGGGAGCUUAACGGAAGGGUGGGCGUCUUCCCCUCUGUUUUGGUGGAAGACCUGACAGAGAAUGGAGAGACCGGAGUGGGAGGGACCAAUGACAUACAGAUUUCUCCCUCUGCGAAGCUGCCAUCAUCUCUUCCACCUCUUCCGCUGUAUGACCAACCUCCCAUAAGCCCUUUCACCAGCCCGGAGAGCUCUACCCCACCGUCUCUCCCACGCUCACCCUCUGUUGCACUCAACGGGGAUCACAAGCUUCCACUGCCCGCCUCGUCACACAAGGCACCAUUAACCACCACCAAUCAAAAUUCUGGCAGGAGUCCAGUGUCACCUGGGUUUCAAACACAGCUGUCUCGAUUCCCCCCUGAAGGAGGUCCAGGAAAACUACGACCUGUUAGUGCGUGCUGCUCCUCCACCACCCAAACAGCAGUCUCGCCGACAACACGGGAAGAGCGACAAGGCAGAGGAGGUGGAGAUCACGCUGGUGUGACCGACACACAAGAUGGAACGUGGUUAGACGCACACUCCAUAACACGAUUAACUGAUGGCAGCCUAUAUCCAACUGGCACGGCUCUGAGCUUAAAUAAACUGAUGAAAACGGAACCAAACCACAUCGAACCCAUCGAGCAAGCCUGUCCCCCACUCGAGCUAUCCCUCAUUCUCUGUUAUCCUCAAGUUGUGGAAGAGGGAAGAGAGGAGGGCGCUGGAGGCAGGGUGUCCACUUAAAUAUUCUCG